GUUGGAUCCAUUUGGUGCGGAACCCUACCAAAACCUCGGAAUGUUGAGAGGCUGAGUUAAACCUCUUCAAUGGCGAAAACCUUUGCAGCGGGAUUGCUGUCGGCCAUAGCUGCCGCUGCUACUGCAUCUCAGAAUCAGAAGAAUGUUUAUGCAGAUGGGUCUACCUCAAAUGCUUAUGAAACUCAAUCUUCUUCGACGCCGCCCAAGGUUCGAAACGAUCAUCCAAGGACCACCUCUGCUGGGUUUGAUCCAGAAGCCCUCGAGAGAGGUGUUAAGGCUCUUAAGGAAAUUGCUUCUUCAUCCCAUGGCAAAAAGGUCUUUGAAGCCAUUAAAAAGCAAGAGGAGACAAAGCAAGCAGAACUUGCUGCUAAGGUUGCUGAGUUUAAACAAAUGAAAGCACAGCAUGAGACUGAAAGGCAAAGGAUUAUAUAUGAUGAACAAAAAAAGCUGGCUCAGCAUCAGGCGCAAACAAAAUCCCAAAUGGCUAAAUAUGAAGAUGAGUUGGCAAGGAAGAGGAUGCAGGCAGAAAAUGAAUACCAGAGAGCCAGGAACCAAGAGCUAGUAAAAAUGCAAGAAGAAUCAUCAAUCAGACAGGAGCAAGCUCGCCGUGCAACCGAAGAGCAAAUUCAAGCACAAAGAAGGCAAACAGAAAGAGAAAAGGCUGAAAUUGAACGUGAAACAAUCAGGGUAAGGGCUAUGGCAGAAGCAGAAGGAAGAGCUCAUGAAGCAAAGCUAGCUGAAGAGGUUAACAGGCGAAUGUUGGUUGAUCGUGCUAACGCAGAGCGAGAAAAAUGGGUUGCUGCCAUAAAUACAACCUUCGACCAUAUUGGAGGGGGCUUAAGAGCCAUUUUAACAGAUCAAAAUAAGUUGGUUGUAGCAGUUGGUGGAGUGACUGCUCUGGCAGCUGGGGUCUACACAACGAGGGAAGGUGCACGAGUAAUUUGGGGAUAUAUUGAUAGAAUAUUGGGACAACCAUCACUGAUUCGAGAGUCUUCCAGAGGGAAAUACCCAUGGUCUGGCAUGUUUUCUCGUGCCAUGACCUCCCUGUCUCGACGCACUGAUCCAGGAUCUGCUUCCAAAAAUGGAAGUGGUUUUGGUGAUGUGAUUUUGCACCCAUCUCUUCAGAAAAGAAUUGAGCAGCUGGCAUCUGCAACUGCGAAUACAAAAGCACAUCAGGCACCAUUCAGAAACAUGCUUUUUUAUGGGCCUCCUGGAACAGGAAAGACAAUGGCUGCCAGGGAGUUGGCUAGUAAAUCUGGACUAGAUUAUGCAUUGAUGACUGGAGGAGAUGUUGCUCCACUGGGAUCACAGGCUGUAACAAAGAUUCACCAGUUGUUUGAUUGGGCUAAGAAAUCAAAAAAGGGUUUAUUGCUUUUCAUUGAUGAAGCUGAUGCAUUUCUGUGCGAGCGUAACAAGACCUAUAUGAGUGAAGCACAAAGAAGUGCACUAAAUGCGCUUCUCUUCCGAACUGGUGACCAGUCUAAAGACAUAGUUCUUGCUCUUGCCACAAACCGUCCUGGUGAUCUUGAUUCAGCUGUGGCAGACCGAAUUGAUGAGGUCCUAGAAUUUCCCUUGCCUGGUGAAGAGGAGCGCUUCAAACUUCUUAAGCUCUAUCUGGAUAAGUACAUAGCCCAAGCUGGAUCAAGAAAAUCUGGUUUAAUUCAAAAUAUGCUCAAAGGAAAACCACAACAGAUAGAGAUUAAGGGAUUGACUGAUGAUAUCAUAAAGGAAGCCGCAGCUAAAACUGAGGGAUUUUCUGGAAGGGAAAUAGCGAAACUGAUGGCAAGUGUUCAAGCUGCUGUAUAUGGAAGUGAAAACUGUGUGCUUGACCCAAGCUUGUUCCGUGAAGUGGUAGAUUAUAAAUUUGCAGAGCAUCAACAGAGAAGGAAAUUGGCAGCUACUGAUAAAGCUAGUGCAUGAGGAUGUUUAGAGAUUUUGCCAGAAACCCUUGUAUUGUGGGGUUGGCUCCUGGCAUUCUGUUCUGUGCAUGCUGUCAUUUAAUUAUUUCCCCAAUUGAUGGGAAGAUUUUGGAAUUUUACGGCUGAUAAUAAUCAAUAUUCAAUAUUCAUCACUAAAUGUAACAGAUGAUUCAGGUUUUGCUUCCGAGUUAAAAGUUCUAUUCUCCCUUGGCCACUGACCAUACACUAGAGUUUCAUACUAUCAUUGGAACUUACGUGACUAUUAUUUUUUGGUCCCACAUGAUUGUAUUUCUUGAAAAUU